AUGAUAAAAUACAAAGACAUUCUUAACUGUCUGCCCAAGGGAAGAUCAGAUUUAGAAGAUUCCAGCGCUGAGUCAGUAAAGAGUGAUCAGUCAAAAGGUGAUGUGCCACUUUUUACAGAAGAAACGCCCAUCGAAAGUAAAAGGUCAGGCUCACCUGUGUUUAGUUCUGUAUCUAUGAAGAGUGACCGUUCAAAAGGUGAUGGACCAAACUUCAGUGAGCAACAACCAUCAUCUACCAAAAGUGAAAGAUCAGGCUCACCUGUGUUUAGUUCUGUAUCUAUGAAGAGUGACCGUUCAAAAGGUGAUGGACCAAACUUCAGUGAGCAACAACCAUCAUCUACCAAAAGUGCAAGAUCAGGCUCACCUGUGUCUAGUUCUGUAUCUAUGAAAAGUGACCUUUCAAAAGGUGAUGGACCAAACUUCAGUGAGCAACAACCAUCAUCUAGCAGAAGUGAAAGAUCAGGUUCACCUGUGUCUAGUUCUGUAUCUGUGAAGAGUGACCGUUCAAAAGGUGAUGGACCAAACUUCAGUGAGCAACAACCAUCAUCUAGCAGAAGUGAAAGAUCAGGUUCACCUGUGUUUAGUUCUGUAUCUGUAAAGAGUGACCGAUCGAAAGGUGAUGGACCAAACUUCAGCGAGCAACAACCAUCUUCUACCAAAAGUGAAAGAUCAACCUCACAUGUGUCCUUUACUGAGGAAACACCAUUGCAAAACAAAAGUGAAAGGUCAGGUUUACCUGUGUCUAGUUCUGUAUCUGUGAAGAGUGACCGUUCAAAAGGUGAUGGACCAAACUUCAGUGAGCAACAACCAUCAUCUAGCAGAAGUGAAAGAUCAGGUUCACUUGUGUUUAGUUCUGUAUCUGUGAAGAGUGACCAUUCAAAAGGUGAUGGACCAAACUUCAGUGAGAAACAACCGUCAUCUAGCAGAAGAGGAUCAAACUUGCGUGUGUCCUUUAGUGAUAAAACACAGUCACAAACCCAAAGAGUUCACUCAGACUCACGUGUUUCUAACAUUGUAUCCAUGAAGAGUGACAAUUCAAAAGGUGAUGGAUCAAACUUCAGUGAAAAAUCACCAUCGUCUUUCAAAAGUAACAAGGAGCAGAAGACUACGGUAAACAUUGGCUCAGAAAUUACACGAUGGGAAACACUGAAAGCACAGAAGGGAUUAAAGAGCGACAUGGAAUUGGCAUCAUUUCUUCUUAACAAGGUUCAGUAUGAAAAAUCAGACUCCGAUUUAAAGUAUCAUCGCUCCCGCAAGAGUUUCAAAGAAAAUCUCCUCGGGAUCUUUAAGGAUCUUGAGAACAAAGUAAUUGUGUUCCUGAAGACCGAGCUAGAAAAGUUUAAGAAAAUAAUACAAAAAGGGAACACUCAAUACUUUGUGCAGGACUUUACAGAGGAGAUGGAAAAAAUCAAAGAAGCAGCUCUUGACAUUACACUCUAUUUCUUAAAAGAUAUGAAAGAAGAUACAGUUGCUAAUACUCUACAAGAUGAACUGGUCCUCAUUUAUCAGAGAAAGCUCAAAUUCAACCUGAAGAAGAAGCAUCAGUCUGUAUCUGAAGGAAUUGCAAGGCAAGGUGACUCCAAGCUUUUGAAUGACGUCUACACGGAUCUCUAUAUGACUCAGUGUGCCAGCAAACAAGUCAAUACUGAACAUGAGGUCAGACAGAUUCAGGCUGCUGCUCGGCGACAUGAAACACAAGAGAGACCGAUUGAGUGCAAAGAUUUGUUUGAAGCUCCUGAUCAAGAAAAGCAGAUCAGAACUGUACUGACAAAAGGAGUGGCUGGCAUCGGGAAAUCAGUCUCUGUGCAAAAGUUUAUUAUAGACUGGUCUGAAGGCAAUGAAAAUCAAGAUAUCAGUUUUAUAUUUCUUCUUGCAUUUCGAGAAAUGAACGUAAAGGAGAAGGAUAAACAAAGCUUAAUGAGUCUUAUAUGUCAGUUUUUCCCAGAGAUAAAGGUGAAUCUCACAAGAAGUGACAAAUUUAAAAUCUUGUUCAUCCUUGAUGGAUUGGAUGAAUGUCGUCUUCCUCUGAACUUUGAUGGUAAUGAGAUGUGGCGUGAUGUUUCAUCACCAGCCUCUCUAGAUGUUCUCCUGACGAACCUCAUCAAGGGAAAUCUGCUUCCUUCUGCUCUCAUCUGGAUUACCAGCAGACCAGCAGCUGCCAUUAGGAUCCCCCCUGAAUUUGUUGACCGAGUGACAGAAAUACAAGGAUUUAACGAUGCACAAAAGAAGGAGAAUUACUUCAGAAAACGAUUCACAGAUGAGAAUUUGGCCAAUGAAAUCAUUGCUCAUGUUAAACAAUCCAAGAGUCUCUUUAUCAUGUGCUACAUCCCAGUCUUCUGCUGGAUUUCAGCCACUGUUCUCCAGAACAUUUUACAGGAGAAGAAAAAUAAUGAUGUGAAACACAAUCAGGCUGAUGAGGCAUCCAAAACACUCCAGGAAUCAAACCCUGAAGACACUCCCAAGACUCUGACACAAAUGUACACACACUUUCUGCGCUUUCAGAUUCUGCACAGCAGACGAAAGUAUGAAGGAAAAUACACACCAGAUGUUUCCUGGAAUACAGAAGCCAUGCUAUCACUGGGGAAACUGGCAUUUCAUCAUCUGGAGAGAAACAAACUGCUCUUCUAUGAAAAGGACCUGGAAGACUGUGGAAUUGAUGUAUCUGAAGCGUCAGUGUUCUCCGGCAUGUGUACCCAGAUUAAGGAGAAAACCGGGAUCAUUCUUGGAACAACAUUUUGCUUUGUUCACUUGAGCAUUCAAGAGUUUAUCGCAGCUCUUUAUGCACAACUGUUUCUAGACAACAAGAAGAAAAAUGUGUCAUGGAUGAGUACAGAGCUGGAAAACAGAAAUGAGUCCAUGAUUGAUUUGCUGAAGACUGCAGUGGACAAGGCACUUGAGAGUGACACUGGACAUCUGGACCUUUUCGUUCGCUUCCUUCUUGGUAUGUCACUCAAAAAUAAUCGACCACUCUUUCAUGGCCUGUUGACAGAAAAAAACAAUGACCAGAGCACAGAAAUAGUCGAAUACAUCAAGAAGAAAUUAGAAGACAAAUUAUCUCCAGAGAGAUCCAUCAAUCUGUUCUACUGUCUGAAUGAACUGAAUGACACAACUCUGGUGAAAGCGAUUCAGACUCAGUUAAGCCAAGGAAGUCUCUCCUCUAAUGAUCUUUCACCUGCCCAGUGGUCUGCUGUGGCCUUUGUGUUGUUGACUUCAGAUGAGGAGAUGGAGGAGUUUGAGCUUCAGAAAUUCAAGAAAUCAGACGAGUGUCUCUUUAGACUGCUGGAAGUGGUCAAAAACUCUAAAAGAGCUUUGUUAAAUGCUUGUGAGUUAACAAACGAAAGCUGUUGUAGUAUGUCUAAUGCCCUCUCAUCAGAAAACAAUCUGAUAGAGCUGAACAUGAGCAAUAAUGAGCUGCAGGAUUCAGGAGUGCAGCAGCUCUGCUCUGGACAGAGUACAAUGUGUAAAUUGGAGAUAUUGGGGCUCAGUAAAUGUGGUAUAACAGAGAACCUGUUCAGCUCUGGCUUCAGUUCUCAGUUCUGCUCCAGCAGUCUGAAGGAUCUUGACCUGAGCAAUAAUAAUCUGAAGGGUUCAGGAGUGACGCUGCUCUCUGAUGGCCUGAAAGACAACUGUAAACUAGAGAAACUCGGGCUUUCAGACUGCAGUAUCACAGAAGAAGGUUAUGAAGCUCUGGCCACAGCCCUGGAAUCAAAGCUUUCACACCUAACAGAGCUGGAUCUCAGAGGAAAUGAUCCUGGUGAAUCAGGAGUAAAGAAGCUCCUUGAUGGCCUACAAAAUCUAAGUCAUAAUCUCCAAUUGAGAUUUUUGCAUCCUGAUGCAGAGAAAGCCUUCACAGAUUUGACAAAUAUUCUCAAUGAAAACCCUUUACUGUUGAGAAAGCUGAAUCUGAGCGAACAUAAACUAGUCACAAAACUGAAGUGUAGACUGGAAAAGCUGAAUUUGAAUGGUGUCAGUAUUGGAGAAGCAGGCUGUGCUGAUCUGGCUUCGGCUUUUAUUUCAAACCCCACAAAGCUGAAAGAGCUGGAUCUGAGUAGGAACCAACUAGGAGACUCUGGAGUGACGCAAAUCUCUGCUCUGUUGGGAAAUUCACAAUGCUCACUGCAGAUACUCAGUCUUUCAGACUGCAGUAUCAGUGAAGAAGGUUAUAAAGCUCUGGCUUCAGCUCUGAAAUUAAACCCUUCACACCUGAUAGAGCUGGAUCUCAGAGGAAAUGAUCCUGGUGAAUCAGGAGUGAAGGAGCUAUUUGAUGUCCUACAGGAUCCUCAGUGUAAAGCAAAACUGAGGUUUUUGAGUCCUGCUGCUGAUGAAGUCUGUCAGUUUGUGAAUAGAAUUUUGGGUAAAAACCUGUUACUCUUGAAAGAACUAAAACUGAGUGAUCGUCAACUACGAGACAUGACGAUGGAUAAGCUUUCUGUUCUGCUGCAGGAUAAACACUGUAAAAUCAGUGCACUGACUCUGAAUAUUACCAAUAUCACAGAAGAAGAAUGUGCUGCUUUGACUUCAGCAUUUAAUUCUAACCCGUCAAACCUAAAAGAGCUGAAUCUGAGUGGAAAUAAACUGGGAAACUCUGGAAUAUUUAAGAUCUGCUCACUGUUGCAAAAUAAGCGAUGUGGAUUGGAGAAACUGAAACUGUCAUACUGCAGUAUCGGUGAAGAAGGUUAUAAAGCUCUGGCUUCAGCUCUGAGAUCAAACCCUUCACACCUGAUAGAGCUGGAUCUAAGAGGAAAUGAUCCUGGACAAUCAGGAGUGAAGGAGCUCACUGAUUUAUCACAGUACAGAUGUAAUAAAUUGACCAUCAGGUUUUUGAGGAGUCCUGCUGCAGAAGAAGCGUGUGAGCAUCUUACUAAUGCUCUUGGUAAAAGUCCAUUAUUACUGACAGAACUGGAUCUGAAUGAAGACAGAUUAAAAGAUCUGGAUGGAGAGAAGCUCUCUGCUCUUCUGAUGGACUCUCAUAGCAAAGUGGAGAAAAUCAAGCUGAAUAAUUGUGAGCUGACAGAGAAAAGCUGUUCAGUUCUAGCCACUGUUCUUUCAUCCAAAACCAUCCUGAAAGAGAUGAACCUGAACAACAGUCGUCUGCUGGACUCAGGAGUCAGAGAGAUCUGUGAGGGACUGAAGAAUCCUGUGUGUGAGCUAAAGAUCCUCAAAGGAAAGCUGUUCAGCUCUGGCUUCAGUUCUCAGUUCAGAGUCCAGCAGUUUGAGGGAUCUUGA